AUGCAGCUACCUCGAUUAUUGAGCUGGCGAUCUCUUACAGUUGCCACUUUCUGCAGUUUCAUGGGGUCUGGAGUUGCCCCCGACACAGUCGAAUGCAGAACCCACGAGAGCCGAGUGCUACCGAAACUUGGGCCGCUCACAUUUCCCCUCACGGCAACGCCAAGGUAUGAAGGGACUCAAAAAGCUGCGCAGCCCAGUGAAUUUCACUUCGAGUCACGUGAAGAGUUCCUUCAUUUGUUCUUGGAUACUCUCAAUCGGGAGUUCAACGCCGAGGAUGGAGGCCUUCCCGCGCUGUUUAUGGGUGUGGCGCUCGAGCCGGCACUGAAACGUUCGGCAUCAGUUGCUUCUUUGAAGAAACAGAUGCGUGCCUUCGCAGACCUGAUGGGCUCGGAUGGCCUCGGCCCUGAAGAUCAACGGCUGCGAACGAUACUAGAAGUCUUCUCGUCAUACCCUGUGACAGAACGAGGGUGA